GUACUAGCAAUAAGAUUUAAAGCUAGUACUAUUUUUUCUCGCUUUGCCACUUUCUAAAAACAGCGGCAAGAUUCUCGAAUCAGCAUACGCUGUCCAUUUCCAACACUCCUCGGGGUAGUAGCUACCUCUAGUACAACAGGUACAGCGCUACAGCCAACACUAUACUAGUCAAAAUACGUUGUACUGGUACGGCUACAGCAGGUAUUGCAACAACUAGUUACAAGUUCUACUAAAAAAUAUAGAAGAAGUAGUACUAGUUGCAGCUUGUCGCCGUCAAGAAUACAAACAAGAUGUAUCGCGUUGGAGCAAACAAUGGAUUGCACCAUGCUGCCUUUCGAGGCAGCGAGCAGCCCACAAAUUGGGACACCAAGAGAGUGGAGCUAGCGGCUGAGACCAACAUCAUGAAUAAGUAUCUCAGUGAUGAAGCCGACCGCUACCAGAAUCUGCACAAUAAGAAGUGCAGCGUUUUCUCCACCACCUACUAUCGAGCCGCGACUUACAGUCCUCAGCGCGCUGAGCACUGCGUCAAGUUCAUCAUGCCGACGCGGUAUCAGUCCGACAAGAAAGCCCUUACAGCUAAGUACGUGUCUCGCGGGCAUACGCGGUACAACUACAACACAACUCUGGAGGAUAAAGCUCGCGCAGCGAAGGCGGCUAGUGCAGCACCCAAGCGCCAAACGCUUUCGAUCCGACCCAAGGGCUACGCGUCAGUCAGCAAUUUACAGGCGCAAGCAGAGAAAAAGGCACUGGAUGAAGCGGAAAAGAACACCACUCCUACAAAGAAGGUGCAGCUGAGGACUACAACAUCAGAAUCACGAACACAAACAGGUGGACGAGGUACACCUAGAAAAAUACAACAUACUACUAGUAAUACUAGUACACCAUCACCACCUCCACUUCCCCGACAAGAACUUCAUCUCGGAAAAUGCAGUACUAGAAAUCACGACGCAGAAGUUGUAGAUCCAGAUCUUAUAAUUUCUGCAACAGGAGGAGGAGCUCGUGGUGCUGUCGGGACCAACAGCACCACUGCCGAGGAGCAGCUUCCACAAGAGAAGAAGUGGUGGACGACAAUGGCAACCACAUCGCCACCGAAGCGCUCCCAUGAAGACAGUCGAGAUCUCUACGACAGCCGCGGCAUUCGUCUAGUCAAGGAAUGGCGCAAAGGUACUAUGCCAAGCACACUGUGGCAUCCAAUGUACGUGGUAGAUACGAGGGAUCCUAGAGAUGUCCUGCGGUGGCAAGCUCGUGUACCUCUUUCGCGAAGCGAAAGUCCUACCGGGAGCGAGAGGGUUGAAGGUACCUGUUUGUCAUGUGAUAUUUUUGGGUAAUUUCAUCUAUGACGAGAACGAGUACGGUAAACUUAUAAAGUUUAAGGAUCCUAUGUAUAUGUUCUGCCGACAAGAAGCUAGCUCUAUAUUAUAAUCUAAUCGAAGUUUCUUGUUUCGAGAUGAAAGUUCAACUUCAAGCAGCACAUCGGAACUAAAGUAACUAUCAGAAGCAGAGUGCUCUCGAGUGCACCAGCGACGUGGAUCGCAAUCUCAGAAUAGGAUCUUUGGUUCUUCUGUACCUGUAGUUCGAACUUCUUCCUGAGCUUUUGUCAAUUCUGUUACACGACCUUGCUUCACUCAAUGUCAAUCACAGCGAGAGCCGCCACGCGACGAACAGUGCACUUACCCGGCAAAAGCGGGCCGCUGAUAGAUCCGCGCUCAGUGCUUGAUCAAGGCCAAGCAGAGCAGCUACAAUUAAGGCUCCUUACAGUAAUUCAUCUGAAGAAGCUAGCAUCUUUAUCUUUCUUUGGCUCCUUUUUAAAUUAGAAAACACAUGAAGAUGAAAGAUGCUCAUGCUUUUCAAGAUAGAUAUAAACAUGUAACCUCAUCUAAUACAACGAAUUAAAGCGUCUUUUGAGCGAAAGCUUCUAGAGCAGCAGAGGCAGAUGCGAAAAGAAAAUCGACGCAAGAUCCGAGAGGAGAAGGAAAUCACAAAGACGCUGAAGAGUCUGGGACUAGGGAUGUGA